AUGUUUAUGUUCCAGGUUUUAUUACAAUUAUUGGUGUUAUUCCAAUUACCACUGAACGCAUAUGCUUUCUAUUACUAUGGGAACACCGGUGAGCGUAGAUGUUUCCAUAAGGAAUUAACAAAGGAUACGUUGCUAAAGGGUAAGUAUCAGUUGAGUAUUUAUGAUAACUCCGAGGAAGCAUAUGUUUUGAACAAUGGUCAGGAAACAUCUGUUCAAAUUAUGGUUGAAGAAGUGUUUGAUAACAACCAUCGUGUCGUGAAUCAGAAGGGAAGUGCCAGCGGGGACUUCACAUUUACUGCUAUGCAAAGUGGUGAGCAUUUGAUCUGUUUCCAACCAACCAGCCGUGGUGGCCGUGUUAAGACUAUGAUGGACAUUGAAUUCCAAGUUGGUUCCCUUGCCGAAGUCGAUUCUAAGAAGAAGUCUACUAUUCAAACGUUACAGAAUAAGGUCCAAAUAUUGAUAGAUAAGGUUAAUGGUAUUAGAAGAGAGCAGGAUUUGGUUAGAGAACGUGAGGCGAUGUUCAGAGAUGCUUCAGAGUCUGCCAAUUCUCGCGCCAUGUGGUGGUCUAUCGUUUCGUUGAUCGUUCUUGGAGGCACCUGUGCUUGGCAAUUGUCCCACCUACGUACAUUCUUCGUUAAGCAAAAGGUUUUGUAA